CAGAGUUAUGCUCAGAAGAAAUAUGCCAUUCAUCCUCUGUUUCUUCAGUUUCAAUGAUUACAUAUGAUAAUUUACCAGUAACUGUAUUAAAGUCUGCAGAUCAGAAUACUUCUACUAUUUUACCAGAUAAUAUUCCAGAAUUAUCAACAAAUGAAGUUAAAGAAAUUGAAGAAAUUGAAAUAAAUUUUAAAUUGAUCAUUAAAGCAGCAGAUGGAAAAUGUAAUGCAGCUAAAUAA